AUGCCUCUCGAGCACGAUGUUUCUUACACAGACACGUUUGGGACACGACAUUUUGCCUCUCGAGCACGACGUUUCUUACACAGUCACGUUUGGGACACGACGUUUUGCCUCUCGGGCAUGACGGACCAGAUAAAAUUGCUGGAUGCCGGACAACAAGUCACUUUUUAUGAGGCCGCGAUCCUUGAACAAAAAGUGCACAGACCACUUCAGAGUAGCCUACAAAUCGCCUUUAGAAACCUAUACUCCACCUUUAGAGUUAUUGCUACACCGAUAAAGACCAAACCUUUCAUUAGUUGA